AUGUCAAGUUGGCAACGUCUUUCUGGAUAUUUAAAUUCGAAACCAACUGGACCUCCGCUUGUGAAUAAUGCAUCGGAUAUUGCAGCAUAUUUUGAAUCUGCGUUCAAAAGAUUAAAAGGGAUUCAACGUCACUGGUAUGUAUUUGAAGAGUCUACAUUGAAAUUAAUGGCUUAUCGUAAUGAAAUGGACGCAGCUAUUCCAGAUAAAGAACCAUUGAAAAUAAUCAAUAUUCACGGAGCUGUAUUUCAUAUUGAUCCUGCUGAACAUAAUCAAUUUAGUAUUAUGUCAGAUGGAAAAGAACAUAUUCUUCAAGCAGAAACAGAAGAUGCUAUGCUGUUAUGGCUUCAUGCUUUACAGACAAGAAGAAACGAAGCUGUACAUGCAAGUGAAUCUGACAGUUCAUCUCCUAAUGAUGAUAGUUUAACAGAUUAUAAAUUAUUUCGUCAAAAUUCUUUAAUGAAAAUGCAAAUGUCAAUACCAACAAGAUUAUCACCAAUUAUAUCAUCGGAUUCAAAUGAAUCUUCAUUGAAUGGAUCUAUAAGAACACGUAAAACAAGUAUGAAAAUGAAUAAAUUAAUAAAACAAGAAUCCAUAGAUCAAAUAAAUGAUAAUCAUUCAUUAACUGAUCAAUCAACUAAUUUAUUUCAUUCAUCAUGGAUAUCUCCAAUAGAUAGUACAAUGAAUAAUGAAACAACAAGACGUUUAUCUUAUAAUAGAUCAAGUUCAUAUGAUUCAGAUAUAGUGAAACAACAUGUAAAUGAUUUUAAUUUUAAUGAAAAAUAUAAUAAAACAAUAUCAAGAUCAAAUAGUUCUUUGUAUUAUCGUAUAGAUCAAUCACCAAAAGGGAUAUAUCAUCAUCAUCAUCGUAAUUUAAUGAAUUUACCAAUAGAAGAAGAAGAAGUUGAAAAUGAUGAUUAUUCAAUGAAUGAAAAAUUAUAUUAUAAUCGUAAAUUAUCAAUGAAACUAAAUGGAGAGAAUGGUAGUCAAUUGAGGACAACAAUGAAAGUACUAGACAAUGUAUCAGAAAAUAAAUGCCAAGUAAAUAAUCAAAAAGAAGAACUGAUAUCACAAAACAGUUUGAUUGGGAGUGAUUCAAACCUAGUUGGAGAGAUCAAUGGAGAAUCUAGAAAAAUUUCGAGCGCCAAUUCCACCGCGUCUAACGAAUUUAAUCAAAUUGAAAAAGAAAAUUACAACAUGAUACCAAGAAAUGAUAAUAAAUUUUUCGGUGAUUCAGAAAUGAUUGAAGGUCCACAAGAAUCAUCUGAACGACAGUAUCCAAGACAACAAAUAUCAACUGAUGAAUAUUUAACAAAUCAAUUAUCAGCAAAAUAUCAAAGUUCAAUAAUACUACAAAAUCCUCGAACAUUUAGUGAUAGUGAUAUUGAUUUAGAAAAUGAGUUAUCACCAAAUGACUAUAUAAGAGAAUUAAAAGCUCAACUACAAUCAGCAUUAGAUCGUGAAGCAUCAUUACGUCAAAUGUUAUCUAGUCGUGAAGCUGGUAUGCGUGAAAUUGAUCAAAAAGUAGAAAAUAUUGAGAAUAAAGAAGUGAAAGAUAAUUCAAUAUUCAAACUACCCAAAAAUAUUUCAGCAAAUAAACUAAGAGAUAUGAUUGAAGAUUAUGAACAAAAACAAAGAAUUCUGAGUAGAAAGAAUCAAUUCUUGAUUACAGAAAUUCGUGAUUAG